AAUUUCUCUGUACCAGAGUGUUUACAAUUUCGUGACUUCCGUGUUUAUUUUCGUUGUAGGAAAGCACUCCUUUUUGAAGCUAUAUUUAAAACUGACAAGCAAGCAUAUAUAAAAAGGAGGUGUUUGAGAAAAACAUAGACAAUACUUGCUCAUUUAUUGCAACUAAUUCAAAUUCCAAGCUAACACUGCAAGGUAAUAUACAGAUAUACGUUCAUAUGAGAUGAAGUUCAAGACUGUAAGAGAAGGACAACAAGCUGUUGUUUAUAACCAUUUAGGUCAAGGAAGACUUCUUGAAGGACCAUUAAGGAUUUUUCUUUAUCGGGAAAGGUUGACUUACCUUAAGCUGUUUACGGCAGAUUUGUAUGACUAUCUUACUGUCAAAGACAUAGACGGAAAUGUUACAAACAAAAGAGGACCAUGUCAGAUGUUUUGUAAUCCUCUUGUGGUAGAAAGUAUACAUGUAAAUCAGGCUAUAAAGAUUGAUGCCAAUCACAUGAUUGUUGUUUACAAACGUCUAAAAGACUCAGAUGUCCAGAGGAGAGUAAUUCAAGGUCCUUCUGUGUUUGUACCAGAAGCAGAGGAAUGGUUACACCAAUUUAGUUGGCAUGGAUGUGAUGCUAAAGACAAAACCAGGAUGAUUCCAGGAUUUCAUAAAUUUCAACAAUUAGCAGUUAUACCAGAUCAGUUCUACUAUAAUGUGAAAGAAGUACGAACGCUUGAUGACACUAUGAUAACAGUCAAACUUAUGAUAUUCUAUGAGCUUAAAGAUGUGUUAAAAAUGCUGGAUACUACACAGGAUCCGAUUGCUGAUAUGAUUAAUGCUGUGUGCUCAGAUGUCAUUGCCUUUUCGGGAAGAAUUACAUUUGAAGACUUUUUAAAACAGACACAUAGAUUAUCUGAAUUGAAGAGCUACUCACAAUUACUGCAGAGAGCUGACAGAAUCGGUUACACUAUACAGAAAGUUGUGUUUAGAGGAUACCAUGCCAGUGAACAGUUACAGGCCAUGCAAAGCAGUGCAAUUGAGUCUAGAACACAGUUGAGAUUAAAUGUAGAAAUAGAAGAACAAAAACAAAGACUUGCUGAUCUUAAGAUUACAAAAGAACAAGAGAGAGCUAAAUUAGUUCAGGAAAUGGAUAAAGAGAAACAGGAUCAUAAACAAAAGAUGUCUGUUCUGAAGCAGACGCAUGAUUUGGAGAUAAGGAAUUUAGAGCAACAACAGGGGCUACAAGUUCGAUCACUCAUGACCAAAGCAAAAUUAGAUCUUAGAAAUGCUGAAGAUACCUACAGUGCAGAGUACUUAAAGUCUUUGAAAGACGUGGAUAUUGAUGUGACAGCUUAUCUUGUAUCUCAGAUGUCACCUCCCGCUGAUGAAGAAAUACAAAUGGUGAAGAAAACAGUCAGUACAACUUUUUAAAUUUCUUUUAUUUUCGAAAAAAGUUAAUAAACCAUUGAUGUAUACAAUAUUCUCCAUUUUUGCAAGUUCAUACACUGGAAUGAAUUUAAAUUUGAAUUGUCUUUUACAUAGGUAUGUGAUUACUUACUCCUAUUUAAACUUUUUACAGGAAUGUUGCAAAACUCAGUUGAGUGAAAGAUCUUCAGCAAAUGGAUUUUUAAUAUAAAUAUUAAUAUUUGGUUUGGAUAAUAUUAACAGAUGAACUUUUCAUUAUUGAACAGUUAACUCUAAAGGGCACGAUAAAUGUUAUAAACUUUCAUUUAUUGUCUUAAGAUAAUACAAUGGAGGAUUUUUUGAGGUUUUAAAUUAAAAUGAACAAAUAUUACUCACUGGCAUUUUCAUAGCAAUGAAAAUUUCUAACAUGGGAUUAACCAGGAGUUAUUUUUUUUAUAUUUAUUAUUUAUUUUUCUAUAAAGUUAUAUAAACCUUUAUGUUGUACAUCAUUGACUUAAUUUAUUGUCUGUACACUACACAAAUUUACAUUAUUGUAUCAUUCUUUGUUAUUUUUUAGUACUCAGUACUUUUAUGAACCAAAUUUAUAAAAAACAUGAACAGUUGUUAUUGUCAAUAGUUAAUAGUAUGUAGCUGUGAAUUAUGUGAUAUAUAUAUAAAUAUAUACAUGUAGUAACCAUAAUCAUUAGUCCCCUACCGACGAAGGCGAAGGGGACUUUAGGUUUGCACUCCGUCUGUCUGUCCAUCCGUCCAUCCGUCAGUCAGGCAAAUCAGUUUUCCACACUUUUUUUCUUCAUGAUUGAAGAUAUUGAUUUGAUAUUUGAUGUAUUGUUUUAUCAUGACAAGUUACUGAUCAAGUUCGAAUUUUGUUCCGGUCUGAUGAUUUUGUGCAGAGUUAUGGUCCUUUGACUUAGAAAAUUCACUCAAAUAAUCAGUUUUCCGCACUUUUUUUCGUCAUGCUUGAAGAUAUUGAUUUGAAAAUUGGUAUAUAGUUUUAUCAUGACAAGUUACAGAUCAAGAUCGAAUUUUGUAUUGGUCUGAUGAUUUUGUGCAGAGUUAUGGUCCUUGGACUUAGAAAAUUCAAUUAAAUAAUCAGUUUUCAACAGCUUGAAGAUAUGGACUUGAUAUUUGUUAUAUAGUUUACAUCAUGACAAGUUAUAGAUCAAGUUAGAAUUUUGUUCCAAUACAAUGAAUUUUUAACCGGUAGGGGACUAUGUAUUGCCAUGCAAUACUCACAGAAUGCUUGUUUUAUUGUCUAUUGACAAUUUUUUAUGCAAAGUGCAAAGUUACAAAAGCCAACUGACAAUGAACCAUACAUUGAUUUGAGGGAUACAAAUACUUUGAGAUAAUUGAAUUUUUUUUUUUUUAAUUUUAACACUCACUAGGCUUGCUGGGUUCAGUGUAGAUUUGUCAUAAGUAUCAUAUUUAAUUCAGUCAUCAUUUUAAUCAUUUUAUUUUCUAUGGACUAUUUUAUGGUACAAAGUUACAUACAUGUAUGAUCAUAUAUUUUUUUUUUAAAUAGAUUUAUAGACCUUUUCCUUUGUUUUGUACAUAGUACUUUGAUAAAAUAAGUUUCUUUAAUUAUACUUCAGUAAUAUAGACCCAAAUUCCAAUGUCCUUUGCUUUUGAUUUAUAAAAAAAAUAUUUUUUCAAGAUGUGCAUGCGCAAUGUUCAAAAAAUUUUAGAUUCAGAUAAAAGUAAUGAAGUCUGAAGUCAUAAUUGUAUAUCAAUCCAUGAUGAGUAAAUAACUGUUAUUUAAGUUUUCAAAGGGUACAAACAUGCAAUAAUUAGACAAAUUACAGUACAUUGUAUUAUAAUAAAACUACUUUGGUUCACAAUUUUAAUUCAUUGACGAUAAUUGAGGGUUUGGAUGGGGUUUACAGAAUAGAGAAUAAUGAACAAAAUGUGCAGAAUAAAGAGAUGAAAAUAUAAAGAAUAGAGAAAAAUAUAGCCAAAAAGUAAAGAAUAGGUGCUAAAUUAUAAGGAAUGGAGAAUAACAGGCAGAAUUUAUAAAGAAUAGAGAAAAAUGGCCUAAAAAAUUAAAGAAUACAGAAAUGAAGGACCACCAUCCACACCCUCAUAAUUGUAUGGAACUUGAUUCCUCAAAUUGAAAUUCAUAUUUUCAAAAUUGAAGUUAAUAUUUGGAAAAUGUGGUUGUUAUGUUUGAAUUAAUAAGUUUUAGCAAGCCAAAGAAUUUUAAUGUUUUUAAAACAAUUUCCUUUUAUCAUGUCUAAAUAUUUAAAAUGUGCAGUGGCAAAACUGUGAAGUUUAUUUAACAAUGUGAAUUCCAAUACAUUUAAGUGGCAGAGAAAAAUAAAACAUAGGAUAAGCUGGAAAACAGUCCUUCUUUAAUAUCUAACUUUGGUGAUUAUAUUUUAAUCUGAGAUAAAUGAUUCAGUAGUUACAUGAAUUGGCUUUAUAUUAACAUCUUUCUAUGUCAAAUUGAAAUUUCAUUUAAAAAAGCAUUUGUAUUAAGACAACCAACCAAUAAUAAUUGGUCUUUCCAAAAGUUUGAAUAGAAGCAUAUUGUGAAGAUCAUUUUGUUUAAAAUGACAGUUUAUUAUAACCUACCGCAUUGUUAUGUUGAAAUGACAAUGUCAUAAUGACAUUUUUAAAGCUGGUAUUUGAAUUAUUGAAAAGACUCUUAUCAAGGUAAAAAGAUUUAAAAAGGCUGCUUAAUAAUUCAGUUUUUAUCAACAGUCUCCUUACAAAUCGUGAUUUCUUUGUUCAAGCAAUGGUUGUCAAGUACAUGAACACUUGUUGUCUGAAUCUACAUGUAGCCUUGUUCUUAACAUAGUCAAUUUAAUUAAAAACGUGUUGAAUACUUGUUUCAAAUGAGAACUUCUAUUUUUAGGUCCUUUUUUCAUAUAGCUCUUCGUCUGUUUCGGUUUUUAUUCAUCCUUGGAUCAUAAAUAUUCUGCUUUGAGCAUUUCUAAUGAUGGUAAAUCCAGAAAAUCUUGUGAAAUUUAUAAAUUGUUGUUUUCAUUAUUUAAAGACUUAAAUUAUUUUUGUAAUUUUAUCAUAUUUUUUUAAUGGUUAUAUAUUUUUUCUGAUGUAAUUUUAUUGCUUUAUUAUUGAUUAAAAACUAUUAAUCUAUUCCUUUAAUAAUAUAUCUACCUCAUUAUUACAUGUGUAAUUAAAUAAUCUUUGAUACAAAUUAUUAAAUUAAUUUAGAGAAUUUUUUCUUUUUGAUUAAACUAGGAGCCAGUUUGAAGAUUAUUGUUUAGGAAGUGUACAUUUAAGCUUUUCUUCACAAAUUGGAUGUUGGUUGACCAUAUUUAAGUGGUAUUCUUUGUUUGUAGCCACAUGUCUGUGAGCAUGCUGCACUGUAUCUCGCAUCCAUUGAUCAUCAAGUUCCUCUUUAACUAAUACAUUUAUUUUCCUGUACAUAAUGAACAUGUAUGAAAUUUGUGAGAAAAAAAUUACUGCUUAGUGAAUACUUAUUAUAGGGUAUCAUAAGUGAGCAAAUAGCUCACAGUUCACCUUUUUUUUUGGCAAAGAAAUAAGCUUAUGAUUAAUGUUUUUCUUUUUGUCAGUAAUUUUUGAAUGGGCUACCCAGUGAAAUAGUAUAACAUAUGUCACUUUAUGUUUUUUUUUUAUUUUUUAAGUAAUCAGAAAUCCUCAUAUUUAUUUUAUACACAUUUUGAAUCAAAAUGAUUUACAUUUGACAUUAAAAAAAAAUAAUCAUAUAGAAGUAUUAUUUUCUGUAGAAUAGCUUAUAUUGUACAUUCUUGAGAUUUAUGUUUAGUUAUUUUAAGUCAUUGUUUAAGUAUUUUUUUUACACAACUUGUUUUCUUUUUUCAAAUCUACAAAAAAUUAUAAUGGAUAAUGUAUUGUUAAUUUAUCAGGUUGAAAUCAGCUUUAAAAUAUUAAUUUUUAUUUAUGAUAUUAGGAAUAAAUGUAUAUUAUCUGUUAAAUAAACAUGUUCUUCAAUCA